AUGACAACCAAAACGACCAACGACCUGGACGGGAACAAGGUCUCCUCCUCCCCUCUCCUGUUGUCCACAUCAUCCCCGUCCUACCUGUCUUGCCAGCGUCUGGUGACCAAGGACGGUCACUGUGCCCUGCGCUCCUCCCCUCCCUCUCCUGGCCUGUGGCCCUCCUGGGCCUCUGCCUCUGCCUGGCUGCUAGCUCUACAGGACCUGUGGGGGGCAGUGGUGUGCCUGCGCUGGCGCUGGGUCCUCUUGGCCUUCUGCACCUCCUUCGUGGCCCACUGGCUGCUGUUCGCCUGCCUGUGGUACCUACUGGCCCACCUCAAUGGAGACCUGGCAGUGGAGGACCACGACGCUCCUCCAGAGGGACACGUGGUGUGUGUCAAACACAUCACCAGCUUCACCGCAGCCUUCUCCUUCUCCCUGGAGACCCAGCUGACCAUUGGGUACGGCACCAUGUUCCCCAGUGGGGACUGUCCCAGCGCUAUAGCCCUGCUGGCGGUUCAGAUGCUGCUGGGGCUCAUGCUGGAAGCCUUCAUCACAGGUGCGUUUGUGGCUAAGAUCGCCCGUCCCCAGAAGCGUGCGGGGGCCAUCCAGUUCAGCCCCCAGGCGGUGGUAGGUCAGCACCAGGGCCAGCCCUGCCUCAUGUUCCGGGCCACCAACCUUCUGCGCCGCCCCCUGGUGGACGUGGAGGUCAGUGCCGUCCUGUACGAAGAGAGAGACGACCAGGUCCUGCACCAGACCAACCUGGACUUCCAGCUGGACCGGCUGGGCCCCCGCCCCUGCCCAUUCUUCAUCUUCCCCCUCACCUUCUACCACAUCCUGGACCGCCACAGCCCCCUUUACCCAGCCCUGCGUGAGGGCAGCGCCAGCCACUUUGAGCUAGUGGUGUUUCUCUCUGCCUCACAGGAGGGCACGGGCGACGCCUGCCAGAAAAGAACGUCCUACCUGCGCCAGGAGAUCCAGUUUGAGAGGCGCUUCGUGCCCGCCAUGGGGCUGGACAAGCAUGGCAGGUACCAGGUGAGCAGUCAGCACUUUGGCAUGGCCCACUGCAAGGAGCCGCUGGACAAGGAGUGUGUGGUGCAGAUCAACGGGGACGGGAGUGACAGGAUGGAGUAA